UGGAGCCGGCCGGGGCGCAGCAGCAGCAGCAGGCGGUGAUGCCGACGACGAAGCAGAAGAAGUGCUGCCCGCUGCGGCGGUCGCGCAAGGGGUGCAUGAAGGGCAAGGGCGGGCCGGACAACCAGCAGUGCCCCUUCCGCGGCGUGCGCCAGCGCACCUGGGGCAAGUGGGUCGCCGAGAUCCGCGAGCCCAACCGCGGCGCGCGGCUCUGGCUCGGCACCUUCGGCAGCGCGCUCGACGCCGCACGCGCCUACGACGCCGCGGCCAGGGCGCUCUACGGCGACUGCGCCAGGCUCAACCUCGCCCAGCAGCUGACGCGCGCCCAAGCGCAGCCGCAGCCGAUGCCGCUGCAGCAGCUCCCGCCUCCGGUCGAAGCGCCGGGGACGCCCUGCUGCUCCUCCUCCAACAACUCCAACUCCACGGCGUCUACUCCGACUGAUGUGGUGGACUGCAGCGCCUGGAUGCAGCAGCCGUCCUCGGAGGCGGCGGAGGACUUCGAGGCGUACGUCACGCGCCUGCCCAAGGCGGAGGACUUCGGGCUGGAGGGCUUCCAGGAGGUGCCCCUCGAAGUGCUCGACGAGGCCGGCGGCGGGAUCAGCAUCUGGGACCUCUCCGUCGCGCCGGACAUGGUGGCCGCCGCUUCCACCUCGGCUGCGGCCUGCGCCGUCCCGCACCAGCGGCUGCAGCAGCCCGCAUGGUGAGCUCCGUUCCGAGAAUACAAACAAGUGACAGUCAUAAGCUAGUGUUAUACAUACAGCAUCGUUCGUCUCUACCCCGUUGUUACCGUCGCAGCUGCUGUAGAUAGCGGGCUAGUUUGGUACUACCUCAAGUCCUUUUUUUCUCUUCCGUCGUUGCAGUGUAGAGUAAAUAUUGG